CAUGCGCACUGCUGAGAGGAUCUUUCCAAAGUCACGUUGACAGAGAAACCUGGCAGUGUGUGUGUUGGUGCAGAAGGUCAGCGGUGUUUAAAGCAUGGUGUUUCUGACUUUAUCGUGUUGGAUCCGGAACCGCGGUCCAGACCGUUACUGGAAAGUUCAGGAGCUUUUAAAACACGCCCGGCACUUUCGAGGAAGGAAGAAUCGCUGCUACAGCUUGGCGGUGCGUGCCGUGCGCAGGGCCUUCGUUUACGCCUCCAAAGCCAGGAAAGCCAAACGGCGCAGCAUGAGGACGUUGUGGAUCUCUCGUGUGGCUGCAGCCUGUCGGGAACAUGGCAUUAAAUACCCUGUCUUAAUGUACAACCUGGUGCAGUGCAGCGUGCAGUUGAACCGGCGUGUGCUGAGCGACCUGGCCGUCACGGAGCCGCGCACGUUCCAGGCGCUGGUGGCGUUGGCGCGAGCUCGGCAGCAGGAGGGUCUGCGGGCAGCGCUGGGUGACGGGAAAGAGCCUCCCGGGGUCUUCUCGCGCAUCACACAGCUGCAGUGACGGACAUCUCUCGCGGCCAAUCGCAGCUCGGCUUCUUCACAGAGUCGCUUCUGUAUCAGGCGUGCUUUUUUUGUCACGCCAUGUGAAGGAGGUGUGUGGAUGAACGUGUAGAACCUGGUCACGGGAUCCUGCAUCACCAUGUCUGCUUUAAGAUCAUCAGAGACUGAAAUCAGGGUGUUGAAGGAGAAGCGUUUAAACCACGUUGUGUGUAAAUAUAUUAGCAGAACAAAUGCAGUGACCAUAAUCUGACGUUGUACCUAUGAAUAAACUGUUUUUUCUACCUAA